AUGGCUACCCCGGACGUCGUUAACCCAGUGGAUUUCACUCGGCAUGUCGCCGUUGCUCCGCCCGCCGGUCUAGACCGCAAACAGGGCCAGCACAAUGUCCGCACCGUCAUGAACUACUACAAGGAUCCCGAAGACGGGUCCGCUCCAACCCCCUUCUAUGUGGACCGGCCCGCAGCCCCCCAAAUCGAGUCGCGGCCCGUCAUCUCAGUCCCGGUCGAGGUCACAGACAUCAGUGGGAGCGAGAACAAGUACACACUCGACAGCCACGGUUUUCAACUGGUUCACCAUGAAAGCCAGGAGAAAGGUUUUGUCGACGAGGACCAGAUCAAAAGCAACUACUAUUCGGAAAUUGAGCAACUGCUGAAAGACACGACGGGGGCUAACCGAGUCCUAAUCUUCGACCACACGAUCCGUCGCGAGCAACCUGGCAUCCCGGACGCUCCCAUCCGCGGCCCGGUCCGGAGUGUACACAUCGACCAGUCGUACGCGGCGUCGGUGGACAGAGUGCGGUAUCAUCUUCCCGACGAAGCUGACGAGCUGCUGCAGAAGCGGUUCCAGAUCAUCAACGUCUGGCGCCCAAUCAAGACGGUGCUGAAGGACCCCCUCGGGGUUGCUGAUGCGCACACGGUGGCGGAGUCGGAUCUCAUCGGUGCAGCGCUCAUCUACCCGCAGCGCAAGGGUGAGACGUACGUGGUCAAGCCAAACCCGGCACAUAGGUGGUACUUCAAGUACGCGCAACGGCCCGAUGAGGUCACUCUCAUCAAAUGCUACGAUUCUGUCAUCGCCCCAGGGGUCGCGCGGCGUGUCCCGCACUCUGCGUUUGUCGACUCCGCCGAGGAGGACAAGGAGCCACGCGAGAGCAUCGAAGUGCGCACUCUGGUCUUUUAUGACAACUAA